AUGGGUAAUUCGAGGUCCAAUAAUGGCCCUCCUAUCAUCGCCCGUUGUUGCUCUCCGGCCUAUUGUGUUCAAGUUGUUGGCAGUAGGCACAUUCUUCUUGGUGGCGGUGGUGGAGCGUCAAAAACUGGAGUACCGAAUAACAUUCAGACCUUGCUGCUUUCGUUCAACCCCGAAUCAUCGACAGUUGCAGCGGAAAAUGUACCAAGGGUAAGUGGACAGCUGGCGUUGGUAACGGAGGUUACUAAUUCAUUGGUAACCGAUCCUUAUGCAACGAUGAAUAUGGACUGUGUAUUAUUGGGAGCUUCAGGACAGGGUAAAUAUCUUCUGGCUGCUGGGCAUGAUGAGUAUUGUGAUUUGUACGAAUCUAAGGGAUUUUCAUUAUUAAAAGCAAAGGAGAACGAGCAACCACGAUUGGCAUUAAGUUUUGAGAAAAUAUCUCGGAUAGUUUCAGAUGAAAAAUCGAGUAACGCUUAUCAGAAAACUGUUCGAUUCGAUCGGUGCGUUGAAGGGGAACCUCAGAGGUUAUAUACAGGCGGCGCAGAUGGGUGUAUACGCAUUUGGGAUGUAGAAAAAUUAAUACAAAGUUCUAUCUCCAAGCACACUCCGUUGAUAAAAAUUAAAGCUCAUCAAGGGGAUGUGGAUGACUUGGACAUUUCGCCAAAUGGAAAAUUGUGCAUCAGUGUGGGACAUGAUGCCACUGUAUAUAUUUGGAAUACAACAAACGGAGAAAAAAUUUGCAGCUUACCAGUGCCAAGAGAAAUUGGUGAUGGAUUUAAGGUCCGGUCAGUGCGGUUUACGAUUCUUGGUUCUAAGAAUGCAAUAUUUUUGGCAACUUACAAUCAAAUUCGACUUACAAAGAAAGCUGUAUCACAUGUUGUGCUAUGGGCAUUCAAUAAUGAACGAAAUUUCUGUCGGCCAAUACUUGUUCGAGAAGCAUGUAGAGAGACAAUAUCAGCUCUAGCUGUUAGCGAGUGUGGUAAUUUCUUUGCCAUCGGGACAAUGGAUGGAAGUGUAGGUAUAUAUGAUACACAUGAAUUGAAACUACUACAUUUUGCUCAGAAAACACAUGGAAUUUUCGUUACAGCAGUAGAAUUUCUUCCUAAAAGGACACAUGAUUUUGGUCCACUUAAUGGUGAAAACGUACGACAGCGUCCUCAUUAUCCGGGAGUAGCAUCCGAAUAUCGUGCAGCGGUAAUUUCGCUAAGCGCGGACCAAACACUUCAAUUUCAUGCUGUUCCUUUUUUGAAAUCAGCUUCAUUUACUUAUUUCUUAUGGAAAAUGGUAGAAGUGAAAGGAUACGAGACACCACGCCGCGCUUUGGGUGAUUUGAAAAAUGUAUUCGCAACACCAGUUAGCACUGCCAUUAAACGAAGAAUUCCAGAGAAGUCACAAUCGUCAUUCGAUGUAUAUCAUGAUAAAGAAACUAAUAAAGAUGACAGGGAUGUAGUUUCUGCUCCGGAAACUGAAGAUUUCAAACCAGUACAAGAAAGUGACGAUACUAUCGAAAAGUUCAAUUUUGAAGAACACGCAGAGACAUACGAAGAGAUAUUUCCUAAACCAGAACAAAGGAUUGACGUAGCUGAUUUAUUGCAUAACGUUCAAACUGAUGAUCGCUUCUUGCGAAGCCUUUUCAGCGAAUUGUUGGAUGACGAUAGUCUCAAAUUAUUGAAUGAAAAAAACCCGAUGACAAAUGGUGAUUGUGACAAAGUGCUUACCGAAAUUCUUGGUGGUGAAAUGUGCAAGCAAUAA